CGUGCGCUGUGCACAUGUCGAUAAAGUACUGUUUGGUUGGGACCGUAAACUGAAGACCUGUAUUACCAAUAUACAUACAUAUGCAUGCAUGUAGUAUGUACAUAUGUACAGAUAUUUUGUAUGCGUAUGUGUAUAUAAGUGGGCAUGCUCGACUGUUCUGGCUGUUGGUUAGCCCAAGUCCGGAGUGGUUCAAAGUGCGCGCGUUGCAAACGAAUGGGGAAUUCGAAUUGGAAUCGAAUAAAUGUUUAAAGUGCAAAUAGCAAGUGGAAUUACAACAGCAGCAGCAGCAGCAGCAACAACAAUUGCAUUUACCGACACAUUUUAUUAGCGGGCAAUACGAUAAAAUAAUAAAUUAAAAGAAGCGGCGACCGGAGCCGACACACCGCUUAUGCCCAAGUACAAGCGGCCGAAACAGUUAAACGGCGUAAUCUUAUCGGUGCUGAAGAAAUAACAUAAUAUAUACGGAGUGACGCUGGAUCGGCGGAUCGCUGGGCGACCACUUGAUAAACAUGCACCAGCCGUGUCAGCCGAAGCAGCAAUUCGUGACGGAGCAGAAGCAGCUGGAUCAGCUGGAGCCGGAUGACAGCUAUGCCUUUUGCCUGACAGAGGAUGUGCAGCUAUUUGAGCAGUUGGGCGAUUUGGAGCUCGACAACGAUGUGCUGCUUGUGCCGGCAGCAGCAGCUGGCUUGGAUCUUGUGCAGCAGGCGCAGAAACCGACACAUCUGUCAAUGGGCAAGCCCAAGGUGAAGCGAGCAACGCACACAAGACGACAGGCGGCCAACAUUUGCGAUCUGUGCGGACGCAGCUUCAGCGAUGCCUACGGCCUGCGCAUACACAAGAUGACGCACACGAACGAGCGGCCCCAUGUGUGCGAUGUAUGCGGCAAGGGAUUCCGCCAGCUGAACAAGCUACGCAUCCACUCGGUCACGCACACCGACCAGCGGCCAUACGAGUGCGACAUCUGCGGCAAGGGAUUUCGAUUUGCCAACUAUUUGGCGGUGCACCGGCGCCUGCACACCGGCGAGAAACCCUAUGCAUGCACGCUGGCCAGCUGCAGCAUGUCCUUCCAUUCCAUACACGCGCGGCGAAUGCACGUGAAGCUGCUGCACGCCAGCGUCAGCGGCGUCGAUAUUGAAGCAGAAGUGGAGCAGGAUCAGAAGGAACUGGAUGAGCAGCAAGAAAUGCGAACGGGCUACACGGACACACACACAUCCUCGCUGAGCUAUACCUGCCCCAUCUGCGGACGUAUUCUAACGGAUCAGUGCUAUCUAAAUACGCAUUUGAAGCGACACUAUAAUCAGCGAGACUUCGCCUGUCCGCAACCGGGCUGCGGCAAGCGCUUUUUCAGCUCCUCGGAGCUGAACCAUCAUCAGAUAGCGCAUACGCGAUUGCGUCCCUUUCGCUGUGCGCUGUGCGGAUCGUGUUUUUUGCGCAAAUCGAAUUAUAAACAACAUUUGAAGGUGCACAAGGCCAAAGGUUGCGAUUGAAUUAGGCGUUUGUUCUAAAAUAUAAGGUUUAUUUAAAUAUACGAUUUAUACAUAUAGAAUUGUUUCUUGGUUUUUGUUUUGAAUGGUUUUCCUUUUUGUUUGCUUUUUUGCUUUUACUUUCUUUUUCAUUUAUGUAUGUAUAUUUUUAUCUUUAGGCCUGAUCGCCUGUUGCAUGCAUGUAUGUAUGUAUAUAAGAUAUAUGUAUGUAUAUUAUAUUAAUAUGUAUUGGUAAUUGGUUUGCUUGCCUUUUUGCAUUUGCGCAUAUCGGUUUUCUCAGUUUUACAGUUACAAUUUCAGCGUCAGUUUAAUUUCGUUCGCAGAUACGUUGAAUGUGUUUUAAGUUUGGUUCUGAUUUUCUUUUAGUUUCCAUACAUAUGUUUGUUCCAGUUAUUUUUAAAUAUAACAUUUGUUUUAGCAAAAAUAUGCAUAUACAUAUGUACAUAUGCCUGUACGUACAUACAUACAUACAUAUGUAUUUAUGCAAGCGAAAUUUGGGACUUGUGUGGCUAGCUCAACUGCCGAAUUCUUGUCUGGCCACACUCGACUCCUCGCCCUCUCUCGCUCUCUCUCUCUCUCUCUCUCUUACACAUACGGCAGCCGAACUGUCAAAGUGCAGUUUAAACAAGUAAAAAUACAAAUGUAACCAGCUUACCGGCAACAAAACAGCAUAUAAAUCAGCAUCACACGCUGUACUGCAGCCUGCAGGGCCACACUGAUUUGUAUUUUUAGUUGUCACAAAUUGCAUUUUACAGCUAAACAAAACAGAUUUGCAAAAGAUAGUUAAACGUUAACUUAAAAAAUAUUUCGCCUUCUAUGACAUUUGCAACAUGCACACAAAGCGUGGGAAAGCUAAACACUUAAAAUGAAAAAAAAAAAAAAAAAAA